AUGAAUUAUUUAAAUCUAUUUUAAUACAUUAUUUCAACACCCAUCUACCCUCACUAUUAUUGUGCCAGUGUUUAAGAGAUUCCUUUUCAAAAAUUAAAGUAAAUAGGUGUUAAAUGUCUACUAUUUGAUAGAGACAAUACACUUACAAAACAUUUAGAAACAAAAACUGUAUAUGAAGAAUUAUUGUCAAAACUAAAAAAAGAUUUUGAUUAAGUACUCUUAGUCUCUAAUUCAAAAAUAAAUGAACAUACAUAAUUAGGAUUAAGUGUUGCAAAGACAACAUCUAAAAAGCCAUUUAAUUUUUAGGAGAUUUAAAAAAAUCAUAUAGAUAAAAACAUAAAAUCUCAUUAAAUAUGUGUUAUAGGAGAUAGAUUAUUUACUGAUAUGGUUUUAGCACAUAAAAAUGGUUUAAUUGGUAUCCUUGUUAAACCUAUUGAUAUCAGUAAUGAAGACUAUUCAAUUAGAUUAAUGAGAAUUUUUGAAAAUUUUAUAAUGAGAAAUAACUAAUUGUAGAAGCAUUCAUAUCAUGGUAAUCUAAAUUUUUGA